CAAUUAGGCCUACUGUGUGUUCAAUUCUAUCCGACUCUAUAAGGCCUACAACAAAAUACAGACUUUUAUCAGACUAUCGCAUGCAUAUAGUCUACAUAACAUGGUAGAGAUUUUAUAACAAUGCUGAAUUGACGUCCAUAGAAAAAAUUGCUUUGGUUUUUGUUUUGAGGAGGCUGGUUGUUUCCUGCCGGCAGAAUGUGGUUCAGGAAGACUUUGUUAUUCUUGACUCUCACAGCCUACAGUCUCUUGAUCCAAGGGGAUACACGAGUACGUCAUACGAGGAAGAGACAUCGAGAAUUCACAUUUCUUCUUAUAGAUAACAAGGACAGUUUUAUCAGAAGCCAAUGUCAAUUCUGCAAUCUCCAAUCCUUAGAAGAAACCCCUGUAUGCGGCACUAAUGGGAAUACAUACUAUUCAGCAUGCCUUCUUAAGGUGACUGCUUGUAUGGAAGCUGACCCCACGCUACAGAUCCGGCAUCGAGGAAGAUGUCGAUCACGGUUAAGGAACUAUGAAUUAGGAUUGCUAGAGGAAGGCAGCUCUGAGCUUAUUAACGAACACGCGUCAGAUUCUAGGCAGUUUGAACGUAAAACAUCCAAAUAUGGAAACAGAAGUGAUAUAGCAGAUGAACGAGAAGUCUUGGAAGAUGAAGAGUUUUUGGCAAUUACAUCACCUGCAACCACGUCAUCACCUUUUGAUAAAGAUAUGAACGAUCCAGGAAAUAUGUGCCCAAAUUAUUGCUCACUUGCUGAUCUGGAUGAAGUGUGUGGGUCUGACGGGCUUACUUAUGUUUCAGCCUGCUUUCUAGAGUUGGCAGCUUGUCAACCUGGACAGUCUGAUCUAAGACUUGCCUACAGAGGGCACUGUAAGAGAAAUGUUUUACCAACGUCUCAGUCAGAGGGUGUCACACAGGUUCCUGCCCUUGGCGAUGCUAUUGUAGCAGAACACUCUCAAGAAUGCUGCCCUUUAGAUUUAUACGACCCCGUAUGCGCACGCCUAGACACACAGGAAAUCACGUUCCGAUCAAUGUGUGAGAUUGAGUGCAUGUAUAUGCGCCAGUCUCUCAAUAUUGAGAUCAUCAAACAAGGCAACUGUGACGACAGGUUCGCUCUACAAGGUUUGCAAUCAUAUCCCCUGACUUGUGGAAAUACGAUUGACUACGACAUUAACGAUGUCACUUCAUAUGCUAUGUACAUAAGUCAACUUAUGCAAAUGUACGAUGAAUACACACCAACAAAACAAAAAAGAUUGUAUAAAAAUUGUGCAGAGGGCUCCACAGCACGUAAGCAAUUUGGACGAUUAUGUAAAUUCAAGCAACGUCAAUUUGGAAGCUGGUGUACUCCUGCGAAUAUGUUUGGUUUUGCAAGUGGCCAACCUUGUAUUAUGCUACAAUUAACUAAAGUGUCGAAUUGGGUACCAAUUAACUACAAGAAUACUCCAAAGAAACUUUCUGCCGUCCAUCGACCAAACUACAUUUCGGUGACUUGUAAUGAAAUUAUUGAUCGAAAGAAACGCGUAAACACAACAAAAAUAUUUCCAAAGAAUGGUUUCGGUUUUCAUCAUUUCCCGUACAGGGGAAUGGAACGAUGGCCUUACCAACGCCAGUAUUUAUCACCGGCAGUGCUAGUGAGAAUUAUACCAAGGAAACUAAACGCGAACUUUCGUAUUAAAUGUCGUGCCUGGGCAAAGAACAUAGAUUAUAAGACGGGUAUCUAUGCAGACUUUUAUCAAGCACAAGCAAUAAUUGCUUUUAGUAUUACAGAUAAUAAUUUACAGUAUAGAAUGUCAAGAUUGUAAAGUGAAUUGCGUCCUCUAUCAAUGGAAAAUAAUAGUAAUAUUUUGUGGUGAUAAAUUAUGAUUCUGUAACCAUAGUAAAUAAUAUUUAAUAGUAUUUAUAGUAUUGUCUAACUUGGUUACUCGCAUUGAUAGAAAGAUUUCAGUUUAGAUUACCGCUACAUUUUUUCAUACAACUGGGAAAAAAGAACUUUACGUUGAAGGGCUAUGCUUGAUAAGAUUGUAACAUCUUAUGUUAUCUGAGCACUGAUAUUAUUUAUCUAUUUGUUUAUAAUGUUUACGAUCAUCAAAGAAAGGUAAAUAGAGUGUUCGAAUAAAGGACAUGAUACAUGUAGCAUAGCUCAUUCUUUAAGAGCUAUGCUACUCGAUGUAUUAUCAUGUCCUUUAUAGGACAACAUUCGUUGAGAGCUAUGCUACACGACGUAUUAUCAUGUCCUCUCGAACACUGUAUUUACCUUUCUUUUAUGAUUUAUAUAUAAUUUAACAGUGUUAAUAGUUAUUUUGAUUUAACCUUCGUGAUAUAUUAGUACGAUCUAAAUUCAAGAGGGAAAUUAGCUCUUGCGCCAGCCAUAAUUUGGGCAGUCAUCUUUGUGGUUCAUCAUGCAAAGCAUGCUCCUUGCUUGAUUCUCACAAACAUCCAGGAGCAACCAAACAAACCACAUAUUUCGGAUAAGGCAAUCAAUUUAUUGCCUCACCAAUGCAAUUUAUCUUAUUUAUUUCUCUAUCGGGUUUGUUAACUUGCGUUUACAUCUUGCUUAUCAGUUUUGUGUCCACAGAUAUGCGUGUGUCAUCCCACAGCA